UCAUUUUAAUUGUUAUAGAUGGAAUUUUGCGUUAUGCGUUCAUUUAGCAACAAUAUGUUCAGGGUUUGCUAAAUUGCCACACCUAGCAAUUUACGUCAACAUACGUUAGCCGUGUCGAUAGCGAUUUGCUCGCGCACCUGGGAAGAUGGCCGCCAACGAAGAAAAAGUGCGAGUUUUGAUACUUGGAGGUACAGGAUUUAUUGGCAGAAAUCUUGUCCACUAUCUGGUUGUGAAUGAUUUGGCAAGUAAGGUUAGAGUUGCUGAUAAAGUUCCGCCACAGAUGGCAUGGAUGGAUACAAUACACCAGGAUGCGUUUGCCAAUCCAGUUGUUGAAUUUAAACAUUCCAAUCUUAUUAACCCAGCAUCUGUUGCCAGUGUGUUCACAGACGAGACCGGAGAUUUUGACUAUGUAGUGAAUCUUGCUGCAGAGACAAAAUACGGACAAUCAGACAGCGUUUAUAAAGAAGGUAUUGUGAAACUGAGCAUGAAUUGUGCACGAGAAGCUGAGAAGAGGAAGGUGAAAAUGUAUAUAGAGAUGUCCUCCGGACAGAUGUAUUCCUCUGAAAAGAAACCGGCAAAAGAAGACACCAAGCCGGAUCCCUGGACGCACAUGGCCCAGCAUAAGUUACAAGUUGAACACCAACUGAAAGAUCUGACAGGUCUGAAAUACGCUGUGAUACGACCAGGGAUAGUGUAUGGCCUUGGAGAUAGAAAUGGACUUGGUCCAAGACUGAUUAUCGGUGCAAUAUAUAAAUACAUCAGACAGAAGAUGAAGAUGUUGUGGACGAAAGAUCUCAAAAUGAACACGGUCCAUGUGCAAGAUGUUUGUAAAGCUAUAUGGCACUUGUUUUCUCAUGGGAAAUCGGGAGAGGUGUACCACUGUGUUGACAAGGGAAAUACAACUCAGGGACAAGUGAGUGAAUUGGUAUCCCAGGUAUUUGGAAUCUCAUAUGAGUUUCUAGGAUCUAUCAAAUCAAACUUGGCAAGGGUGAAUAUGACAUCAGUUGUGGAAGAUAUCAAUGACAAGCAUAUGGCCCCCUGGGCAGAAGCAUGUACAAGAGACGGCAUUAAAAACACUCCACUGAAUCCAUUCCUUGAUCAGGAGCUGCUUUACAACAAACAUACAUAUUUAGAUGGAUCUAAGUUAGAGAAUACAGGAUUUACAUGUGAUAAACCUCAACUGGAAGUAUCAUAUCUGCAGCAGGUGCUGGAUGACUACAUAAAAAUGGGAUUAUUUCCACAAACUUUGUUGUCAGGGGAGACAACUUUGAAAGACAGGCUGGAUGAUCUUGACCUUGAAAAUGGAGAUGUUGAAGAGUUACAGGAGUUAGAAAAUGUUCAUCUGGAAAAUGGUGGGAGCUGAUGCUUGAAAACACAAUUGAGCACUGUGAUUGGUUGAAAUUUGUGUUAAAAACUUUGUUCGACCAAUCAAAAUGGCUGUUUUCGUGUUUGGUGUUUUAGCCAAUCAAAAGGUUUUUUUGUUGAUUUUGUUUUUUAAGUUUUGCUGGUUGUAGCUUUAGGGGCCAAAAAAUGAGAAAUUUGUGUCAAAGACACACCCACAAUGCAUUUAUUGUAUUUUAUUAUAGCAUUUAUUGUUAGGUUUUGUUUUUCAAUAUAUAUAUUUGUUGUCAAAGAUAAGUGCUUCUUGUGUUGUGAAAGAUUUCUUUGGAUUUUGUUUUUAUUAUGUAUUGUAAAUGAUUCAUGGAAAUUUAAAAAACAGAUUGUGUUCACACAUGCUUAAAGUAUUGCUCAUAUGAAAAAUAAUCUUCAUUUUCCAUAUACUUGUUCAUAGAUGUGUCAGUUUCAUUUAUAGAUAGAUGGUAGAAAAGUUAAUUUUUGACAUAAUUCAAAAGAAUUAUAGUCAGACUGUCUACCAUUCAAUUUUGUAAUGACAUAUAUAUAUGUAUAUAUUCAGCAGUGAGCUUAUAAAUAUUUCUAUGUCAUUUAGUUUUUACUCAUUUAGCAUUGAGUAGUUACAAGUUAAUUCAUUGUAAUGUACUAGUAAAACAAGGAUUGUAUGAUUAUUUUGCUCAAGUUUGCAAUUCGCAACAAAAAACUAAAUCAGUAAGAGACCAGUUGUCAUGCCCAAGUAAUUAAGUAAUCAAUGCUUGACCACUUGUCAUAUAGAAAAUAGAAGGAAAGCAGUUAGAACUGCAUUAAUUGCUCAAGUUAGCCCAUGUGCAUCGAGGUUUGAGCGAGCUAUGUUUCAUUGUUUAAGAAAAAAACUUUAUCAUAUGUUUACCAAAAACCAAUGAAAGAGAAGCUUUAACUUUUAAAGGGUAAAUUGCUUUACUUUAUUCAGAGAUCUAGGUAAAAAUACAAGUUUUAAGACCAGUCUUAAAUAUUUACAUCUGAUUGGUUUAUUGUUUGCUCAAAAUUUGAAAUUGACCAAUGACAGAGCAGCAUUCUGAGACUGGUUCUGAAACUUAGUUUUGUACAUCCUGGUCCUAGUAAUUGCUGGAUAUAUGACUUUAUACAUUGAAUUUUGUGCUACCAAAGAUAUCCAAAUGUAGAAUAGCUUGUUUUAAAAAGUUUAUACUAUGGAAAUGAAUUACGUUUUUGGAGUGUCAGUUUGGGAGUUAUUACAUGAGCUUAGAAUAUGUAGAGGCCUCCAGACAGUAUGUUUCACAUAUUGAUACUAACUUAUCCUUAGAAUGCUUUUUCUACUCUGACCUGUUUAUUGUUUAGUGCAUACUUAGACAGCAAGAUUUAGGAAUCACAUAAGUGCAGUUCUAACAUGGCAUGAUUCUUUGUUAGUAAAAUAAACAAAGCAGAAAGUAAUGCAUUGUAUAUUCUGUGAUAAACAACAGUUAACAAGAGAAAUCUGGUGAGAUACCAAUGAGAAAACAUUAUGACAUCAUUUAUGACAUCAUUUAUGUCAUGCCUCAUGAUGUCAGUUUCAUUACUACUUAAAAGAGUUAAGCUCAGUUUAACUUUCAUCUUAUUAUUUCAAAUCUUUAAUCAGUACUGUAACAGUGUAUUGUUAAAGAUGAUAUACAUGUAUAGUGGGCAUUUAAUGUUAAUUCUGUUAUCUGUUUCAUAUCAUAUUUCAGUUGUGUGGGAAUUUUUUUAAGUGUUUUCCUAAACAUUUUUAUUAUAUUAAAUUUUCUUAUGUAAAAUAACUACUGACCAGGGCCUGUAUUUAUCUAGACUUAAGACUUUAAAGUAUCUAAAUAUUAAGGUUGUUAAAACUUAAAAGUUUGUAAUGUGUCUGUUAUGGCGAGACUUUACAUAACUCUUUGCAAUGAUAAAUACUGUAUAUGUAUAGCAAGUUUUAUGAAAAUCUGUACAAGAUUUAGAUGUAUGAAGGAAGGAAUUUUAGCCUUUCCAAGUCAAAGACAAAGUUACAGACUUAAAAUGUGAAUGAAUACUGUCCCUGAACUUAAUGCAUUACCGGUACUUAGUGCUAUAUUAUAACCUCUUACGGAGUUGGAUACUUAAAAUAUUCUAAAUGAGUUGUCCCCCUUUAAAUAAGAAUGCCAUUUGUAAAGAAAUAGAUGUAAACAAUUGUCAAAACUAUGUUUCACCUAGUUAUAUAAAGUUUAAACACUCGCACGAUGUUGCAAAUGCAUCAAAACGAAGACAUGUAACAGCUUUUUAAAAAUGGUGAGUUUUUAAAGGCGCUGGACUGUCCAGAAGUGUGGCCCCUUCAUGUAGUCCCUUUCCGGAAUUCAAAACAUAUAUGAAUAAAUUGACAAUGGUUUUGUACAAUAAUAUCAAUGUUUUAUAUGCCGUUACAUUUUCAUUUAAAACCAUGCUUUCUUUCUAUGAUUUGAUAACGUUCGAACUUCUCCGAAACAUGGACCUAUACCUUAACACUAUUUAAUCAGAUGAGCAUUUGGUAUUUCUGUAUAUUUGCUUUCAGUUCACUCAUUAAUGUAUAUCAUAUACUGUAUUCUGUUCUAAUUGUUGUACAUUUUUGUCAUGUUAUUAUCCCCCAGCUCUGCAAAUGUGGGAGGGGGAGUUUAGGAAUACUGUAUAUCUGUCUGUCUGUCCAUCACAUUAUUUUUGUCCAGAUGGUAUAUACAACUUGAAAAGGGGACUUAAUGACACUUGGUCAGUGAGAGAAAACCAACAUAUUUUCUUCUUGUGGUGAAGUCACGCGAAACUUAGCAACACGUGCUUCUCAAAAAUAGGGUAUCUUCGGCGAUUAUUGCCUAAAAAUA